AUGGAACCUCCCCCGCCCGUACCGGCACCGAUAAUUGUGGCCGGAACGCGGGCAAAGGAAACUGGCGUCGAUGGCAACUCCUCCGCAGCAACAGCAGGAUCAACUGCGGCUGUCUCACCCCCACUCGAUAAGGCGCAGCAAUCCGCGCUGGAUCCGGCUAAGGAUGGCAGUGCAUCCCUUCCACCACCCCCGCCAAAGACCGCAGGUAGUCUUAAUGGCGACGGCGUGAAAGCGGUAGCGUCGGGCGGCUACAAACCUCCAAGCUGGGGUUUGACGGAAGCACCGGGUGCGUCGGGGCUGUCCUUGACCGUGCUCAAGGGCGGGGUCGAGGUCGGCAGCAUCUCUCUGGACAACCGCACACAUGUUCUGCUUGGCAGGCAGCAGGGUGUCGUGGACGUGUUGCUGGAACACCCGUCCAUCUCCAGGAAGCAUGCCAUUCUUCAGCAUGGGCAGAAUGGUGCUCUAUUCCUGUUCGACAACGGCAGCACGCACGGGUGCAGCGUCAACAAGAAAAAAAUCCCACCCAAGGAGUUUCACCGUCUCCAUGUGGGUGACGUGAUCAAGUUCGGAGAGUCAACGCGACUGUACGCCUUGGAGGGUCCGGAGGAGCUAAGGCCUGCGGAGUACGAGAGUGACAAUCUCCGUAACUUGCGCCUCGACGCCGGGCGGAAACAGCUCGCCGCAAAAUUGGCCAAAAUCAAGGCAGGCGGGGCGGGAGAGGGCGGAGGGAAAGGAGGGGGCGACAGUGGGGAGUACGGCAUCAGCUGGGGUUUCGACGAAGAUGCGGUAGCCGAGGAGGAAGACGAGGACGGGGAUGGGGCCGAGCGCGACGAAGAUGAGGUGGAACUCCCUGACUACCUCAAAACUGAAGCCCAGAAGCGGAGAAGGCGCGACACAAAGAUUGGCCUAACGGAAGAUAACGUGCACAAGAGAGACGCGAAGCUCUUCGAAAAGCUGCAGCUCAAGCUUACCAAGAUUGAAGAGAUCGAGGAGACCAUCCGUUCCAAGAACAAGGCGCGAGAGCGAGGCAAAGAGGGGGGAGAGGGAGGUUCCGGGGGUGAAGAGGGCGGGAGGAAAGCGGGGAGAGGCACAGAGGACGGGGAAGAAGACGACGACUACUACGACCGGACUGCUCCCGUAGUGCCCACCUCGUCGGGAACAUCAAAAUCAGACCUCGCCUCAAAGAAGGCCGAGAUCAAAGCUCGCCGUUUCGGCGCCAGAGACAAAACCAAAAAGUUGUCUGCCGUGACACCACCAGCAGACGACACUGCGGCGGCAGAGCGUAAGCGCGGGGUUGGCCCGGGGCAGAACGAGGCUGCGGCUCAAAGCUUGGAGGCACUGACGAGGCGCGGCGAAGCGGUCGUGGAGGAUUUGGAAAGGACGCAGGCGGGGUUGGCGGAGUUGGAGGCGGAAGAGGCGGGAGAGGCAGCGUUAGCGGAAGAUGGCGGCGUUGCGGCGGACCCGCUAGACAUGUUCAUGACCGAAAACCGACGGAAGGAGAGACAACAGGCGAUAGUGAGGCUGACGGCCAAGCGCGAAGCGCUCCGCGAAGAGCAGGCGCUCCUCAAGGUAAUGGUGGAAGCGGCGCGCCCGUCCAUGCCAACCUUGAAGAAAAGUCCCGCUCCGGCCGCUGCUACUGCUUCUGUCGCAGCCACCAAGGAGGAGACGGUGCCUGUGCCUGAGACGACAACCCGGGGUUCGGGUUCAUCGUCGUCGGACCAAGCGGCCGAACCCGACGACAGAAAGGACACACGCGCAGCAGCGGUGGACCGAGAGCACAUGCCGGGAGGUGGAGGUUAUGGGGAAGCUAUGCCUGGCAGCACCGGCAGCGGGAGCCAUGAGAAAUACGGCGACGAGGUGGAAAAAACGGCCCCGUCUAGAGCAGUUCUGGCACCAGAAGCUGCUAGUACCCUUGGUUCAAUGCCGUCACCAGUGGCGCCACCCUGCCGCUCCAACGCAAUCCCAGAAGCCAGAAAAUCGCCUGCUGGCACUGUGGCAAGCGCUGGAACGAGAGAAAGAGGGGUUGAAAAGGGUCAAGCGGAGACGCGACACCCGGGCGUGAAGGAGGGUAAGGAGGCAUCGGGCACGAAGAAAAGGGGUACGCCGGUGGGGACAUCGAUGCUUCCCCCCCCGCCCUCGAAACGCCAACAACGAAGAGCAGAAAACUCGAAGGCGGGCCUAGCGGGAGAGAACGACGAUGAUCCCGUCGAACCCAAGGCAAAGCGAACGGUUAAAGGGCCUGCAAUGCCUCCGCCCUUGGGCAAACCUUCGAAAGUUGGUGGAGGCGUUUCCGUGCCGACGGCGGUCGCACGUGUAGGGGAAAAGGUUGCCGGGAAAGAGGCCUUGGAAGGGGGAGACGUCGAUUGGGUGCCACCAAAAGAUGCGCUAGAAAAGAUGGCGGCACUCAACCGAAAAUUCGGAUACUGA